UGGCCUUCUGCGGGCGGCCAUUGUCGUGCCUGCUAAGCUUUUCUACGUGACUCAUUUGCUUCACCCAGCCGGCAGAGCGAGACCAUUGGGGAACUCCCUGAUCCGGUCUGCGUCUCCCUACACCCAGGCAACAUCCUUGGCCCGCCUAUUCUCUGCCGCCAGACUCGAGACGAUCGACCUGAGCCCAGGGCCUAACACGGGAGGGUCCCGGGUCGAGGAGAACUAUUGCUACGUUCCCGUCCUGGAGGCUUCUGUUAGCCAGACUGAGGCGCGACGGAUUCCCAAGGCUCUCCUGGCCAGGCAGGGCUUCUCCUAGCGCUCUCCUGAGCCUGGACUGGUAUUUGGAGGAACAAGUCAUAGCACCGAUCUCGCCCAGCACAAACUUGCCCCUGUCCCCACCCCCAAGCCUACUCUUUCCUGUUUCAUUCCUCCCAGAACCCACAGUUCCCAAACAGUGCACCUGCCGGAGGUCCCAACCCAGCGGGAGAAGUGGACAUGAGGUUGGCAGGAGCUCUGUUUCAUCUUUAAGAAGUUAGGACCUGUUGAUAAUAUGAGAGAAAGUGAGCUAGAAAGAAGGAGUCUUCGCACAAUGUAUCUGGGACAGGAGAGAACUUGAUAGAUCCUGAAUCAGGCCCCCUGCGCAUUGUGGCCCUAAUCAUCAUUAUGGGUCUCACCUGGAUCCUAGUCAUCAUCCUCCUAGGUGGUCCUGGUGUUGGCCUUCCUCGAAUUCAGCAAUUCUUCACCAGCCCAGAGAACUCAGUGACUGCAGAACCAAGGGCCAGGAAGUACAAGUGCGGCCUGCCCCAGCCAUGUCCUGAAGAGCACCUGGCCUUUCGCAUAGUCAGCGGGGCUGCCAAUGUCAUCGGGCCCAAGAUCUGCCUCGAGGACAAGAUGCUCAUGAGCAGCGUCAAGGACAAUGUGGGCCGUGGGCUGAACAUCGCCCUGGUGAAUGGGGUCAGUGGUGAGCUCCUAGAAGCCAGAGCCUUUGACAUGUGGGCUGGAGAAUAUUGUUUGGUGGGGAAGGGCUGCUUGGUGGAACCUGAAGCUCCAUAUUCUGUGGGCCCAUCUCCACCAGAUGUCAAUGAUCUCUUGAAGUUCAUCCGACCACUGCAUGAAGGUACUCUGGUGUUUGUGGCAUCCUAUGAUGAUCCAGCUACCAAGAUGAAUGAAGAGACCAGGAAGCUUUUUUCUGAGCUGGGCAGCAGGAAUGCCAAGGAACUAGCCUUCCGUGACAGCUGGGUGUUUGUGGGAGCCAAGGGUGUACAGAACAAGAGCCCCUUUGAGCAGCAUAUGAAGAACAGUAAGCACACCAACAAGUAUGAGGGCUGGCCAGAGGCCCUGGAGAUGGAAGGCUGUAUCCCUCGAAGGAGCAUGUCGGGCUAGCACAGCAAAGCUCUGGGACCAGACUGAAGGAGGCAGCAUGUCACCAGUGUAGGGUGGAGACUGUGCCCCAUGCCCAGGCAUGAGGCUCCUCCUCCCUAAUACAUUAGGGCUUGAAAGUAGCCUCAAGGUGAUGGGGGCUGCAGGGCUAGCCCAUUUAAUUUUGUCAGGGAGCUUAAGUACCUGUGUCCUUGUUUUCCUAAAGCUGAUCUUACAGUCAGUUCCCACCCAGCCCCUUCCUCUGCCCCUCCUGUGUCAUCUUGUUUCUUGAGUGCCCCCAGAGGCAAAGGUCUUCAGUGUUUGCCCCUCUCACUGGAGCAGCCAUCGGGUAGGUUGGGACAUCUUCAAGAAACUCUCCCUCACAGAGGCAGUGCACUGCUAUCCAACCCUGUUUUCAAUGUGAUCCCUUAAGUAAGCUAAAUUAGAGCUUAAUCAGAUGACUUCUGCAAGCCUGAAUGGAGCAGUCUGGCCUUUAGUGCCCAAGUAGCUGGAGUUCCUCACAAGGUGUAUGGCAGUAUGCAGUUUGUCAGAGGGUUCACCUUCUAAAUGACUUGGUUGUUAAUAAACUAAUCUCUUGCAAUGGAAUAAAGUGUAUUCAGAUGUCCUUA